UUCACUCUCAGUGAUGACCAACAACACAGUUUCCGACCCCGAAUUUCUCUUCUCAUCUUCUCCAUCCCACCAGAUCAUCACAAACUUUGCUUCUUCUCCUAGUCCUGAUGCCAACUACCAUCAAAAUCCCCGCAAAAAACGGUCCAAAAUGAUCAAGAUUGAUCCCAGUUCUAUUCCAUCUUGUUCCACUAGUGUUUCUAGGCCAAAAUAUGCCAAGAAACCUGACCCUGGUGCACCACAUAUCACCAGGCCUUGCAGUGAGUGUGGCAAGAAGUUUUGGUCCUGGAAGGCACUUUUUGGGCACAUGAGGUGCCACCCUGAGCGCCAGUGGCGGGGCAUUAACCCUCCCCCGAAUUUUCGCAGGCCAGUUUCACCGGUUAGAGACAUAAGCAACGGUUUGAGCACAAUGACAGUGGCUGACCAUGAGGUUGCAGCAUGUCUUUUGAUGUUGGCUAAUGGUGACCAGGGUGAUCAAUGUGGUACUUCCAGUCCUUCACAGGUGCUUCUUCUUCAAGACAAUGAUGUCAACAUGGGGAGUUUGAGUUGCACAAGGUUCGAAUGCAAUAGUUGCAAGAAAGUGUUCGGUUCCCACCAGGCCCUAGGAGGACACAGGGCUAGCCAUAAGAAUGUGAAGGGGUGUUUUGCCAUAACAAGAAGCGAUGGAUGCGAGAUCGAUCAGGAUCAAAUUGUGGAGGAUGAAGACAAGAAGAUGAUGAUGUAUUUGGGGCACCAGUGUAGUAUUUGUUUGAGGGUGUUUUCAAGUGGACAGGCACUUGGUGGACACAAGAGGUGUCACUGGGAGAAAUGUGAUGAUCCAUCACAAAAUCAAGGCCUUAAUAAUCUUCUGGACCUCAAUUUGCCUGCCCCAGUUGAAGAUGAUUCUGCCUCUUCUUCUUAUUCUUCAAGCCUCACUCUAGACUUGAGGUUGGGCCUUUGA